AAAAAACGAUUUAUUUACAACAGCUAGUCUAAUGUUUAAAUAAUAAUAAGAAGCACACUGUAACAAUCGGGUUCAUUAUGACGUUAUUUUCGUCAAUAUUUUCGAUGAAAAUUUAUAUUACCGAAAAAACUAUAGUCCUAAUUUCUGCAGGUACAAGUGGGCCAGAUGAAUCACUUCUGUGGGCUCAAUUAAAUACUUCGGUGAGCUGGAUCCUAAUCUUCCUACCCCUGAACUUGUUGUUUUGCAUUAGCAUAUUAGUGUCUAUAAAUUUGUAACGAUUCACUACCCGACUUAAUUUAUAAUACAUUGAUAUUUUAUGUUCAAGAAUAUUAUUUUAAAAUGGAAGGAUGUAUUAUGUGAAUUUGGCUAUCUCUGGAAGACUUGUGUGUCAGUGUCUAUUACAACAACAAAAUAUUGAUUUUUUCAAUUUAUUUAUUGACUGAGUUUUACAUAAAAGUAAAUCAGAAUAUGUCUUAAAUAGCAAAUUUGCACAAUUUUGAAAUUUAAAAAGAAAGUAGUUUUGGAUAUUUUAUCGUCAUGGCAACAACAACUUCUGCUAAUAACAGCCCUGCCUCGUACAUCUCCCCUAAUAAUGACUCGAUCAUUAAUAGAGAAACAGCUCAGGGAAGAAUAGACCAAGAGGAAAUCGAUCAAGCUACUUUUCAUCAGCUUGCCAGAGAUGGAGACAUUGAAAUCAUGCAGAACAAACUAAAGAAAUUUAACGUGACACAGUUGAGAAAAAAGUUGGCUCGAAAAGAUGCAGAAAAACUGACUCCACUUCAUUAUGCAGCCAAAUAUAAUCACCUGGAUAUGUGCAAACUAUUAGUGGAAUAUGGUGCAGAUAUUCAUGUGAAAGGAGAGGAUGAUAUGACACCGUUACAUCUUGUUGCAAAGUAUAAAAGAAGAACAAAGUCUGUUGCUUUAUCAGAUCAGUACAGUAGUUGUGAUUCAAAUUACGCGUCGGACGAUGAGCAAGAUGACGGAAGUCCAACAAAAGCAGAAAUAGACAAUAUUAAUAUUCUCAAGUUUUUGCUCAGCGAAGGAGCGUCUGUAAAUGAAAAAGAUUUUUAUGGACUCACACCACUACAUCAAGCUUGUCUGAGGGGAAAUACUUUAGUUGUACGAGUUUUGUUGGAACGCCCAGGCAUUUUGGUUGAGGCAAUGGAUAAACAGCAGAUGACACCAUUACAUAUAGCAGCUGUGUAUGGUCACAAUGACAUUGCAGAAUUACUGAUGCAUAUGGGAGCCAACAUUAGAUGCAAAGAUGAAGAAAAUGGAACUCCAUUACAUCUCGCAUCAGGAGAGGGACACCUGGAGAUCGUUGAGCUUCUUAUCUCAAAAGCACAACAAGAUUUUGGUGAUAAAUUUGUUAUCACUAUGCUGAAAGAUAAAGAUAAUGAUGGGAACACAGCAUUGCAUCUUGCUGUGGACAGUGGUCAUCUUGACAUCACAAGAUAUAUGGUUGAAAAGGCAAAAAGUUUAGAAAAAAGUUUGCUCAAUUCGAAAAGAAGGAAUAGAGAAACCCCAUUGCAUCUUGCCGCAAACAACGGACAUUUGCAAAUUGUGAAACUACUCGCCAUUCACGGAGCUCGUGUAAAUUUAGCAGAUGACACUGGUUCCACUCCACUAAUUUUGGCAUCCAAAUUUAACCACUUUCAAAUUGUUAAAUACUUGUUGGAUUGUGGUGCAACAAUCAAUGCUAAAGAUAAUGACGACUUCACUUCGCUGUUGAUUGCUGCAAAUUAUGGACAACUGGAAACGAUUCAAUUACUGAUCGAUCAUGGCGCAGAUAUAACAGCUGUCGACAAACAAGAACGAAACGUUUUGCAUCAAUGUGCUGAAGAAGAUAGAGCUGAUGUUUUACAGAAAAUAUUACAAGAUCACAAAAAGAUUCGAGAACUGAUGAAUGCUCCUGAUAAAUACGGCGACACUCCCCUUCAUACUUCUGCCUCCAAAGGUCAUUUUACUAUACUCAAGGUUUUAUUAGAACAAAAUGCUGCCAUGGAUUUGAAAAACGACGAUGAACAAACUCCAUUACAUCUUGCUGCAAAAGAAGGAAGAGUUCGAGUGAUAAAAGAACUCAUAAGGAAAGAUAAGAGUGUGAUAAGAGAUGAUGAUGAAGACGCUAACACUGGUCUUCAUCUAGCGGCACUUGAAGGAAGAGUUCAAUGUGUUAAAGAAUUGGUGGAGGCUGGAGCCAGUAUUGAUGCCAGAAACGUGAAACAAUGGACACCACUUGAUUGUUGUGCAUCAACAGGACAUGUUAACUGUGCUGCUGUUUUGCUCGAAUCGGACUCACCUGUUGAUCCUAAAGAUAAACGAAGCACCACCCCUCUACAUCUUGCUUGCAAGGAAGGCCAUGUUGAUAUGGUCAAACUCCUUUUAAAGUGGAAAGCAGAUGUAUCCUUGAGAACAAGUGAUGGACGCAAUGCUCUUGAUUAUGCAAUCGAUUAUGGAAAAGAAGAAUCUGCCAUGGCUAUCAUGGAAAGUACACAAUGGAGAGAAGCAUUGCAGAAUAGAACUAAGGACAUCGCCACUGGUGAGGAAACUCAAACUCCAAUGAGAAAACUGAUUAAAAAAAUGCCCGAAGUUGCAGAAGUGGCUUUCAGAAAUUGUGUUGCACGAGGAAACAAACAGAUUGAACACAAAAACUAUAAGGUUACUUUUGACUUUGAAUUUCUCGAUGAUGAAUAUGCUUGUGCUGAAUGGAAGGAACAGAGUGACGUAACAUCAGAAGCGAGCAUUGCUAUAUCAUCUGAUGCUAGUUACGAGGUAUAUGACGAUUAUGGAAAAAUAAACAAAAAUGCUGAGCCUUAUUCUCAUGAUUCUGAUAUCCUGAUGAAAAAUCAUUGUCUUAUGAUCAUGGUCAAAUCGAAACGAGAAAACUUACUUCGGCAUCCCCUCGUUCACAGUCUUCUUGAAUACAAAUGGAAAUCGUAUGGACGAGUAGUAUACUAUAUUAACCUGUUACUAUACACAUUGUUCAUGGCGGUUUUCAACUCUUAUAUGCUCACUGUUCCACCGCCGUAUGCAAUCAAUGCCACUGCAACCAAUAUCGAUGGAUCUUGCGUCAAAGUCGUUGAAACAUCUCAAGGCACUUGGGGUACGGACUGCACCUUAAACCAUUCUUUUUGGAGGCCUAUUGCUCAGUGGACAGUGAUUGGCCUUGCUGCAUUGAGCUUACUCAAAGAGAUAUUCCAAGUGUUCAGCAGAAAACAUCAUUAUUUCUUCAGCGUCACAAAUUUAUUAGAACUCUGUCUCUAUAUUCUAUGUAUCGUCACUGUCAUCGAUGUCUCUGAUUAUUCAAGAAAUACUGGUAUUCGUGAGCCUUGGCAGUGGCAAUGUGGUGCAGUAGCAGUUUUCUUAUCAUGGAUUGGUCUUCUACUCUUCAUACAAAAUUUUCCGAGAUUUGGAAUCUAUGUUCUGAUGUUUACCGAUGUGUUGGAAACAUUCUUUUCAUUUUUCGCUGUUUUCUUACUCUUUAUAUUUGCUUUCGCCUUCAGUUUUCAUGCACUUUUUCAAAAUCAGUUUGCAUUUGUUUAUUGGUGGAAUUCUAUAAUAAAAACAAUUGUUAUGAUGAUUGGAGAAUUUGAAUAUGAUGGAUUAUUCAACACACAAUUUACAAGUACUGAUUAUAAUGAUCAGGUUGAGUACGACGGAAUAUCAUAUGCUAUCUUCUUUAUAUUUAUGGUUAUCAUGAGCAUUAUCAUCAUGAAUCUCUUGGUUGGGUUGGCUGUUGAUGAUAUCAAAGAAGUACAAGAUCAUGCUAAAUUGGAAAGACUCGCAAUGCAGGUCAAAUUAGUUUUAGAUGUUGAAUACACCAUGCCACAACCUAUACGGAGAAGAUUUUUGCAAAAAACCUACGAUUUCUGGCCGAAUCAUUACCAAAUGAAAAACCGAAUUCUUAGAUGGUUUUUAGAGGACUCAAGCUUCAGUGCUGAAAAUAUUAACACAGCUUUGGAACCAGAAAAAAGUGAGCUUGACGACAUUGAAGACAAAGUUGACAACAUUCAAGGUCAAAUCCGAAAGGUUCGAGAUAAAAUGCGAGGCGUCAACCAACGUACACAAAAUGUGGAAUCAAUGCUCAAAGCAGUGAUCGAACACUUGAAAAUUAAUUGGAGUGACGAACAGGAUGACCAGGAUUAAAAUUUCGUCAAGUCGAAAAAAUGACUACAACCUGUUGUGUCAAAUAAAUACCAAAAGAAUAAAUUGGAAAAGUUGAAAUGGAUCCAAGUAAUUAGUGUCAGAUCGACAUCCGUACACAAAAAGCCAAUAGAGGUGUCAUAAUCAUCAUGCCAUGUCAUGCACAUAUCGAGUCAUGUGACAUGGAAAACAACCUGCCUUCAAGAGUGGUUGACGAAUUAUUACUAGACUGUCGAUAACCAAUAGCUAUCAUAUAACUUUGUAAUUAAUUUUUAUGUCAAUAUAUAUACCGUACCUAAUGUUCCCUUUUUAUUCAGAGUUUUCUAAUUUUAGAAAGCAUCUCGUUUGUGUACAGUACUGACUAUUAUUCAUUAUUAGUUUUACGAUAGUAUAUUGUUACUGUAACAUUCUGAGAUUAGCAAAGUUUUGUAUGCAUAUUUUGAACAGUAAUACCUACAAAUGGAGCUUUAUUUGUAUAGUAUUCAUGACACUACGAUCACAUACUGUGACUAUGUUGUCAUCCAAGCGUGCCUUUCACAAAUGUCGAUUUAAAUGUUAGACAUUCAGCUAGAUGUUCCAAUAUUGAAAUAACAAAAAAUUUCUCAUCUCAUGUGAAUUCUUACUAGUUAAAAUGACCUUAAAAUGUUUUUCUUAUUUUUAUUUUCCGUUUCCGAAUAUAGAAUUUUAAUAUCAAAUCAAGUUUAAAAAUUACAGCAAACUAUCAUUCAAUAUAUAUUCAUAUCUUCUUUGAAUUUUUGAUGGACUGUAGCAUUCUGUAUAUGGCUACAUGAGCUUUGUACAUCACCCUGUGCACUUACAAUGAAUUAUAAUGAAAUACUGUUUAAGAAAAUGGUUAUACUGAAUUGCAUUGAAAUCGUUCUCUGCAACUUUUGUAUUUGUAACUUUUUCCGCAUUUAAUUAAGCUUGCUAUGGCCAAAUAGGUAUAAAAACUUGUUUCAAAGAGAAUUAAGCCAAAUUGUUUGUGCUUGUAUAAUACUUUUUUUUUCUAAAAAACUUGAUACAUAUAUCCGACAUUUUCAACCCUAAUACAUAUAUUAAAAAUUUAAAACCCUUAAUUUGAAUAUUUUAUAUUGAAAGGGAGUUUUAUUUGUUUUACAUUAAUUGAAUUUCAUUUUUCGUUCUGAAUGCAACUAUAUGCAGCACAAAAUGUCUUCAAAACUCGUUUCAAGUUUUACAUUAUUGUAUCAUAUACUACCUCUUUCAACAUAUCAAAAAAAUAUUUAGGGUAAUUGUUUCGUUAUUUUAUAAUUUUCAUAUUGCUUUAACUGUAUUAAUCGUGGAAAGCAUCAUUGAUCUUUAUCAUUUCUUAUGAUCAAUAGUAUAUUGCAUCAAAUGCCUUUCAAGCAGCAUUUAGACGAGUUGCUAUUUUGUAGCUAGAAUAGCUUUACGUCUGAGUAGCAGCUAACUGUUAAUAACUCUGUCUUAAUUCUGAAUGCACUUCACAGUAAAUAUAAUGAAUUGUAAAUCUUGA